UUUGUUGAGAAGAAUCUGCGGAGUUUUGUCGAACCUCUCUGGCUGCAUCAUGUCGGGCGUGGCGUCCACUCUGGCCAAGAAGCGCGCUCUGGCCGCCGGAUUCGGAACCAACUCCAACGCGGUCCGGUACCUGAACCAGGACUUCGCGGCGCUGCGGGCGCAGUGUCGCUCCGCCGGGAAGCUCUUCUGCGACCCCACCUUCCCCGCAGCGCCCGAGGCUCUGGGCUUCAACGAACUGGGCCGCAGCUCCUACAAGGUCCGGGGAGUCACCUGGAAGAGGCCCACGGAACUCGUCUCCAACCCCGAGUUCAUCGUGGGCGGAGCCACCAGGACGGACAUCUGCCAGGGAGCUCUGGGUGAUUGCUGGCUGUUGGCAGCCAUCGCCUCUCUGACCAUGAAUGAAUAUGUGAUGGCCCGAGUAGUUCCCACCGACCAGGGCUUUGGUGACGACUACGCCGGCAUCUUCCACUUCCAGUUCUGGCAGUUCGGUGAGUGGGUGGACGUGGUGAUCGACGACCGGCUGCCCGUCAAAGAUGGAGAGCUGAUGUUCGUCCACUCGGCCGAGGGCAGAGAGUUCUGGAGCGCCCUGCUGGAGAAGGCCUACGCCAAGGUGAACGGGUGCUACGAGGCUCUGUCCGGCGGCUCCACCACCGAGGGCUUCGAGGACUUCACCGGAGGCAUCGCCGAGAACUACGACCUGAGCCGACCGCCGCCCAACCUGUUCCAGAUCAUCAGGAAGGCUCUGGAGGCCGGAGCUCUGCUGGGCUGCUCCAUUGACAUCACGAGCGCCGCCGACUCCGAGGCCGUGACCCGGCAGAAGCUCGUAAAAGGCCACGCCUACUCGCUGACCGGCGCCGUGGAGGUGAACUACAGAGGCCGGAUGGAGAAGCUGGUGAGGAUGAGGAACCCCUGGGGGCAGGUGGAGUGGACCGGAGCCUGGAGCGACGGGUCGUCUGAGUGGAACUCCGUUCAGGGAGAAUGUCCAAAUGCCAACGCCGAGGACGGAGAGUUCUGGAUGUCCUUCAACGAGUUCCUGCGUCACUACUCCCGCAUCGAGGUCUGCACUUUGACUCCAGACGCCAUCGACGACGACUCGGUCAAACAUUGGAGCGUCAGCAAGUUCGACGGCAGCUGGAGGAGAGGAUCCACCGCUGGAGGCUGCAGGAACCACCCCUACACGUUCUGGAUGAAUCCUCAGUUCGUGAUCAGGCUGGACGAGGAGGACGACGACCCGGACGAUGGAGAGGUGGGCUGCACCUUCCUGGUCGGUCUGAUCCAGAAGAACCGCAGGAAGCUCCGCAAACAGGGCGAGGACAUGCACACCGUCGGGUUCGCCAUCUACGAGGUUCCAAAACAGUUCCAGGGCCAGAGGGAGGUGCACCUGGACAAGAACUUCUUCCUGACUCACGCUCAGACGGCCAGGUCCGAAACCUUCAUCAACCUGCGUGAGGUGAGCAGCCGCUUCAAGCUGCCGCCCGGCGAGUACCUGAUCGUCCCGUCCACCUUCGAGCCGCACCUCAACGGGGACUUCUGCAUCCGCGUGUUCUCCGAGAAACAGUCCGAGACCCAGCCCUGUGACGACCCGGUCAACGCCGAGCUCGAUGACGAGAUGGUGUCAGAAGAAGAGGUGGACGCAGGAUUCAGAGGCCUUUUCUCCAAACUGGCCGGAGACGACAUGGAGAUCUCUGCAGCGGAGCUGAAGACCAUCAUGAACAAGAUCGUGGCCAAACGAACCGACAUCAAGACGGACGGCUUCAGCAUGGAGACCUGCAGGACCAUGGUGAACCUCAUGGACGACAGCGGCAACGGGAAGCUCGGCCUCGGAGAGUUCGCGACGCUGUGGAAGAAGGUGCAGAGAUACCUGUCCAUCUAUAAGAAGAAUGACUUGGACAACUCGGGCACUAUGAGCACUCCAGAGAUGAGAGUCGCCUUCAAGGACGCAGGUUUCACCCUGAACAACACCAUCUACCAGCUGCUGGUGGCUCGAUACUCGGAGCCUGACAUGACGAUCGACUUUGAUAACUUCGUGGGCUGCCUGAUGAGGCUGGAGAUGAUGUUCAGAAUCUUUAAGAAGGUGGACGCCCACGACAGCGGCUCCAUCGAGCUCGACUUCAACCAGUGGCUGAACUUCGCCAUGAUCUGAUCCGGAGCCUCCGCCUUCCCGCCGCUCGCAGUAUUCCAGCUUCUCACCUGUUUGCUCUGAGCACCGCCUCACUGACCACAUGUAGAGUCAAUAAAGUCCCACAACGACCUGCA